AUGGGAGCAGUUGAGAAGGGAUUGCGUUUCUGCUUGGAUUCCCGGGUUGUGCACGCCAAGUAUUACAGGAAGCCAGAGUGUUCCAUUAAUGGCGUCGGAACUAAGAACACGUCUUUCGUCAUCGACCUCCUGGCCGAGCCCGGAAGGCCCAAUUACUGCGGCAUCAACUUCAACAACGUGACUGAAGAACGAUCAGUUCCGAUUGCAGUUCGGACUCACAAAACCCUGGAGUUGGCAGACGACAAAUAUUACGUCAUAACCUGUGGUCGAUCGGGAAUCCAUUCCAUCAAGGUGAAAAACUGCUUCAGCUUCAGCUCCACCAACGAGUCGGUGCGUCUGAUCCGCGAAGACGGUUGUCCCGAACGUUCCGACAUCAUUUCGGAAUUCGUGUACAACUCCACGACCGGGAUUGGACAAGCGGAAGUGUACGAGAUGUUCCGGUUUCCGUCGAGUGCGGAAGUACACUUCCAGUGCGACAUCGUCUUGUGCCGAGGCCGUUGUGUGGAGCCCGUUUGCGACGGCGGUCCGCCGUCGCCCUGGGCCAACAACAGGGACGCCGAAGAGGAGGCCAAGAACGUCCUCAUGGCGUCCACGACUGUUUUUGUGCACGAGCCCGGGGAGAAAUUUGCUGUGGCUGGUUUCGAGGGAAUAAGCACUGGAUUUUCCUGGAGAAUCCUCUGCAUUGUCCUGGCAGUACUGCUGAUUGUCAUGAUUGUUGUGAAUGUCUUUUUGUGCUUUGCCAUGUCCUGCUCAUGCACAAAGACUGACAUCAUUGAGAAGGAACCAUCCAUUAUUGAGGACUAUGAUCCCUACAAAGACCCCUACAAGGUCACUUGGAAUGGUUCCCAAUAUGGCUCCAGGUACUCUUUGAAUAUGAAGAACAAUGGCUACGCCUCGGGGGGUUCCACCAUGAACUCCAUCAGGUCUUCAUCCACCAACAGCGACCAUUAUGCAAUCGUCCAUUCACGUCCUGAAAGCAGAUACUCUGGAGUGAAGCAACUCAAAUCCAGUCCCAUCAGGGAAACCCAUUAUGCAGGCCCCAUUUAAAAAAAAAAAAAAAACUGGAAAACUCAACAGUGCCACAAUCCUUUCUUGCUGGAAAAAAAAGCAAAGAAAACACUAAGACGGAUGUUUGAAGUAACUAUUUUUUGUACGGGUUUGUGUGUACAUUUUCAAAGAUGGUGCAGUGCCCGAGAAUGUGAUAAAAAAAAGAACUUGACUCGAGUGUUGAGAAUGUUUGACACAAGAGGUCACGCCUUGCUGUGUGUCCAGAUGUCGCUUCCUGUCUUUGUGUGUUUUUUUUUUUUGGAGGAGGAGAAAAAAAAGCUUGAGUCAUAGCUUUUUUGUUUUCCAGGACAAGAAGCAACUGAAUCAGUGAGAAUGUGUAAAUGAGAAUACUUGUCUCGCACUGGGAAAAGAAAAGAAAACCUUUGUUGACACUUUUGACCAUGAGAUUUAAUCUUUUACUUGUUUGCAUGUCAAACAUUUGUGUUGUAAGUAAAAAAAAAAGAAAACUUUCGACUUGAAUUACUGUCCUUUUUUUGGAAAACUGACUUGGGGAAGAUAAACAAUUGCAUCACUUUUUGAUGGGAUGG